GCGGCGCCGGGGAACUUUUUCCCCCGUCUUCGGGCCGGGGCGAAGGUAAUGCCCAAUUCCGAGAGACAUGGGGGCAAGAAGGACGCGAGUGGAGGAGCUUCUGGAACUUCGCAGCCGUCGUCGGGAGGUGGCAGCUCCAACAGCAGAGAGCGUCACCGCUUGGUGUCGAAGCACAAGCGGCACAAGUCCAAGCACUCCAAAGACAUGGGGUUGGUGACCCCAGAAGCGGCAUCCUUGGGCACGGUUAUCAAACCUUUGGUGGAGUACGAUGACAUCAGCUCCGACUCAGACACCUUCUCCGACGACAUGGCCUUCAAAUUAGACAGGAGGGAGAACGAUGAACGUCGUGGAACCGAUCGGAGUGACCGCCUGCACAAACAUCGUCACCACCAGCACAGACGGUCCCGGGACUUGCUAAAAACCAAACAGACCGAGAAAGAAAAGAACCAGGAAGUCUCCGGGAAGUUGGCAACGGUGAAAGAACGAACGUCAGGAAGUUCCAAGCGUUCACAUGAGGAGAAUGAUGACUAUGGGAAGGCACAGCUGUCCAAAAGCAGCAGCAAGGAGUCGAGGUCGUCCAAACUCCAUAAGGAGAAGACUCGGAAAGAACGCGAGCUGAAGUCUGGACACAAGGACCGGGGUAAAAGUCAUCGGAAAAGAGAAACCCCCAAAAGUUACAAAACCGUGGACAGCCCAAAACGGAGAUCCAGGAGUCCCCACAGGAAAUGGUCCGACAGCUCCAAGCAAGAUGACAGCCCGUCAGGCGCUUCCUAUGGCCAAGAUUAUGACCUUAGUCCCCCAAGAUCGCACACCUCUAGCAAUUAUGACUCCUACAAGAAGAGUCCUGGAAGCACCUCCAGAAGGCAGUCGAUCAGCCCACCUUACAAGGAGCCCUCCGCCUACCAGUCCAGCGUCCGGUCGCCCAGCCCCUACAGUAGACGGCAGCGGUCUGUGAGUCCUUAUAGUCGGAGACGGUCGUCCAGCUAUGAAAGGAGCGGCUCUUACAGCGGGAGGUCACCCAGUCCUUAUGGUCGAAGGCGGUCCAGCAGCCCGUUCCUGAGCAAGCGGUCUCUGAGUCGGAGCCCACUCCCCAGGAAAUCCAUGAAGUCCAGAAGCAGAAGUCCUGCAUAUUCAAGACACUCAUCUUCCCAUAGUAAAAAGAAGAGAUCCGGGUCACGCAGUCGUCAUUCCAGUAUCUCACCUGUCAGGCUUCCAUUGAAUUCCAGCCUGGGAGCUGAACUCAGUAGAAAAAAGAAGGAAAGAGCUGCUGCUGCAGCAGCAGCAAAAAUGGAUGGAAAGGAGUCCAAGGGUUCACCUAUAUUUUUGCCUAAAAAAGAGAAUAGUUCAGUGGAGGCUAAGGAUUCAGUCUUGGAGUCUAAAAAGUUACCCAGAAGUGUAAAAUUGGAAAAAUGUGCCCCAGAUACUGAACUGCUGAAUGUAACACAUCCAAACACAGAGGUAAAAAAUUCUUUAGAUACAGGGAAAGUAAAGUUGGAUGAGAACUCUGAGAAGCACCCUAUUAUGAAAGAUUUAAAAGUACAGGGAACAAAAGACUCUAAGCCUAUAACACCGAAGGAGGAGAUUGUUACUCCAAAGGAGCCAGAGGUAGCAGAAAAGGAGACCCUUCCACCUCUCCCCACAGUUAUUUCCCCACCCCCUUUACCAACUACCACCCCUCCCCCUCAGACACCCCCAUUACCGCCUUUGCCUCCGCUACCAGCUGUUCCACAGCAACCACCUCUGCCUCCUCCCCAGCCAACAUUCAGUCAGGUUCCUACUCCCAGUACUUCAACUUUGCCCCCUUCUACUCACCCAAGGACAUCUACUCUAUCCUCUCAGGCAAAUUCUCAGCCCCCUGUACAUAUUUCUGUGAAGACUCAAGUGUCUGUAACAGCUGCUAUUCCACACCUGAAAACUUCAACAUUGCCUCCUCUGCCUUUCCCACCCUUGUUACUUGGAGAUGAUGACAUAGAUAGUCCAAAAGAAACUCUUCCUUCAAAACCUGUAAAGAAAGAGAAGGAACAGAGGACACGCCAUUUACUCACAGACCUUCCUCUCCCUCCUGAGCUCCCUGGUGGGGAUCCAUCUCCCCCAGACUCUCCAGAGCCAAAGGCAAUUACACCACCUCAGCAACCAUUUAAAAAGAGACCAAAAAUUUGUUGUCCUCGCUAUGGAGAAAGACGACAAACAGAAACCGACUGGGGGAAACGCUGUGUGGACAAGUUUGACAUUAUUGGGAUUAUUGGAGAAGGAACCUAUGGUCAAGUAUAUAAAGCUAAGGACAAAGAUACAGGAGAACUAGUAGCUCUGAAGAAGGUGAGACUGGACAAUGAGAAGGAGGGCUUCCCAAUCACAGCCAUACGUGAGAUCAAAAUUCUUCGUCAGUUAAUCCACCGAAGUGUUGUUAACAUGAAGGAAAUUGUCACAGAUAAACAAGAUGCACUGGAUUUCAAGAAGGACAAAGGUGCCUUCUACCUCGUAUUUGAGUAUAUGGACCAUGACUUAAUGGGACUGCUUGAAUCUGGUUUGGUGCACUUUUCUGAGGACCAUAUUAAGUCAUUCAUGAAACAGCUAAUGGAAGGACUGGAUUACUGUCACAAAAAGAAUUUCUUGCAUCGGGACAUUAAGUGUUCAAACAUUUUGCUGAACAACAGUGGACAAAUCAAACUAGCAGAUUUUGGACUUGCUCGGCUCUAUAACUCCGAGGAGAGUCGCCCUUACACAAACAAAGUCAUUACUCUGUGGUACCGACCUCCAGAGCUGCUUCUGGGAGAGGAGCGUUAUACACCAGCCAUAGAUGUUUGGAGCUGUGGGUGCAUCCUUGGGGAACUGUUCAUAAAGAAGCCUAUUUUUCAAGCUAAUCUGGAAUUGGCUCAGCUAGAACUGAUCAGCCGCCUCUGUGGUAGUCCUUGUCCAGCUGUGUGGCCUGAUGUAAUCAAGCUGCCUUACUUCAACACCAUGAAACCAAAGAAGCAAUAUAGACGGCGUCUACGAGAGGAAUUCUCUUUCAUUCCUUCAGCAGCACUUGAUUUAUUGGAUCACAUGCUGACACUGGAUCCUAGCAAGCGCUGCACAGCGGAACAGACCCUACAGAGUGACUUCCUUAAAGAUGUGGAGCUCAGCAAAAUGGCUCCGCCAGACCUCCCUCACUGGCAGGAUUGCCAUGAAUUAUGGAGUAAGAAACGGCGACGACAGCGACAAAGUGGUAUUGUAGUGGAAGAGCCACCUCCAUCCAAAGUUUCUCGGAAAGAAACUACCUCAGGGACAAGUGCUGAGCCUGUGAAGAGCAGUAGCCCAGCACCACCUCAGCCUGCUGCUGGCAAAGUGGAGCAGCCCGGGGCUGGGGAUUCAGUAGGCCUUGGUGACAUCACACAGCAACUGAAUCAAAGUGAAUUAGCAGUGUUAUUGAACCUGCUGCAUAGCCAAACUGACCUGAGCAUUCCUCAAAUGGCACAGCUGCUUAACAUCCACUCUAACCCGGAGAUGCAGCAACAGCUGGAAGCCCUCAACCAAUCCAUCAAUGCUCUGACAGAAGCCACUUCCCAGCAGCAGAACUCAGAGCCGGUGCCCCCAGAGGAGUCUUUGAAGGAAGCACCCCCUGCCCCAGCAGCCCUGCCUUCAGCAGAACAGACAACCCCUGAAGCUUCAAGCACACCAGCUGACAUGCAGAAUAUGUUGGCAGUUCUCCUGAGUCAGCUGAUGAAAACCCAGGAACCAGCAGGCAGCAUAGAGGAAAACAACAGUGACAAGAAUAGUGGGCCACAGGGGCCUCGAAGAACUCCCACAAUGCCACAGGAGGAGGCAGCAGCAUGUCCUCCUCACAUUCUUCCACCAGAGAAGAGGCCCCCUGAACCCCCCGGACCUCCACCGCCGCCACCUCCACCCCCUCUGGUUGAAGGCGAUCUUUCCAGCGCCCCCCAGGAGUUGAACCCCGCCGUGACAGCCGCCUUGCUGCAACUUUUAUCCCAGCCUGAAGCAGAGCCUCCUGGCCACCUGCCACAUGAGCACCAGGCCUUGAGACCAAUGGAAUACUCCACCCGACCCCAUCCAAACAGGACUUACGGAAACACAGAUGGGCCUGAAUCAGGGUUCAGUGCCACUGACACUGAUGAACGCAGCUCUGGUCCAGCCUUGACAGAAUCCUUGGUCCAGACCCUGGUGAAGAACAGGACCUUCUCAGGCUCUGUGAGCCACCUUGGGGAGUCCAGCAGUUACCAGGGCACAGGGUGGCGGCAGCAGCAGGGAUGGCCCCUGAGGAGUUUGGUGAUGUCCCUCAGUCACUUUGCAUUCAGAGCCUGGCAAAUUCAGUCUCUGCCUCAGAACUUAAGCCAGGUUCAGUGAACAAUUCUACCAUCCAGACACCGUGUGAGACACCAGAAGUGGGGGCCUGCAGCCUGCUGCCCAGCACUGGGUGGGGGUGUGACCUGGCCACCGCCUCCGCCUCCUUGCCUGCUGAUGUGGAAACCAAGACCCAGAGAGGAGAGUUUGGUGGAAUCCUGUCCUGGAGUUGCUCUGUGUUCCUGGGUUUGGAGAGUUCCUGGAAACAGGAAAAGGAGAAGCGGUCCAGGUGGCCGAGUGCACCUUCUCCAUCCUCUCUGGAUCAGGGGUGACAGGAGACUGUGCUGGAAGUCGUACCAGCAGCUCCUCCUGCAGCUGGGGUGAGGGGCCCGACACUCAGCUGACCCUGAUGAUCCAGAGAGCUCUGGUUGGAAAAGAGACCGCCCCACUUCACCCAGGGCGGCGGGGCCGGCCCGCGCACUCCCCUCCUCUGCGGCAGCACCAGAAGCCUAAGGAGCCCGUGACAGAUCUCGGCCCUGACUCAGCCAGCACAAAUCCCUGCACUCGGUGUGAAAGCCACACUGUGGAGGGCCUGGGUGCACCAGGCGGGACGUGGGCAGGUGUGGGACGUGGAGCCCCAGGAGCAAGGUAAGAAUCGCUCCUCUCUGCCACGUACUCUUGAGCCUCCUCCUCAGUCCCCUGUCUCUCUCCACGUAUUCUUUCCCCACGUUAUCAGACUCAUCUCCUGGCCACCUCGUCCCUGCAGAUGAGAGGACACAGUAAGUACACGUCUGUUCCCUGCACUUUUCUCUCACACUUUCUUCAGCUCUUCCCAGCUCUCUGCUUAGAGCAUCCUGCUUUUGAGUCCUUUGCACCAGAGACUGCCCCCAGGAUCUGAACCCAGGACCCCAGACUCCACUGCCCCUGACCCUGAGGAUGCCCAUGUACUGGGAAAGACUCAUCUCUCCUCAUCCUGGCCAGCACAUACGCCCAGGCCCAGACUGGUGUGUGCAUGGCAUCAGGGCCCUGCCUCGGAGCAGAGGGUGGCCCUAGGUGUGCCCUGUGGCCCCAGCCCUGAAUGCACGUGUGCCUGUGCAUUGGGCACACUGGUUUAUUAGUGUUAUUUCAGCAUUGUGAUGCAGAGAGAGUAAGUGUAACAGCUGCUCCUUGCUUGCAGUGUUUAUUGUUACCUAGAGACAACCUCCUGGCUUUUUCCCAGCUCCCCCUCCCCCCAUCCCAACCCCCUCCCUGCCGACAAUCCUGCUCUCCCUACACCGAUGGGAAAUUUAUAGCUUGCCCACGCCAUGCCUUUAACCCUCUCCUGUCCAUCGGGCAGAUGGGCCAGGAGGCCAGGAUGGGCGGUGGGCAUAGUUGGGCCCCAGCAGGGUUGAGCAGUGUGUGGGAGAGGGAGGGAGGAAUGACACGUUCCCCUCCACCCUGUGUGCCCAGGCUCAGGCCCCAGUUGUCCUUCUGGUCCUCACAAGAAGAGAGGAGGCAAAAGAGCUCUUGACCUGCUCUUGAGAUCCUGGAAGAGUUCAUUUGGCCCUAGCCUCGGGAUCCUGACAUCCUCCUGACAAGACCUUCUCUUCCCCGGGCAUCCUUAAGCCCCAGCUGCAAUGGCUGAACCAGAGCAAAUGCAGCCAGGAAGCACGGAAAUGGAAGUGAAAGGCCAAGUGGCAGAAUCCUUAGCUCCUCUUUCCAGUCUGAAAGAGGUAGCUAUGGAGAUGUCACAUCAAGAGGCUCAGGCCUGGGAGAUGCUGGCCAGACCUUCACAGCUGGGCAGAUGUCAGACUGGAAGCCCACCUUUAACCUGAGUCUGAGACAGCUCUAAGGUCCCGAGAGACUCCCGGGCUCAUCUGCAAGCUGGCCUUGGUCUGCUUGUCCUCCUGCUCCUUUUCUCCUGUGUGUCUUUUGGUUUGGUGCCUUGGGGCAGAGAUCGAAGAGACUGAAGCAUCCUCAUCAUGUCCUCUGCAGAGCUGGGGAAGCAGAAGUCCCUGGAAGCUUUCAUGGAGGAGUCAGGAGGAACCGGGUCAUCCACUCCCCGUCCACCAGAGAGUAAAGGGAUUGGACAUGAGCCGAGAAGAUGGAGGUUAAACACAUGAGAAAACUUCCUCCCACGAUGAAAGACUUCGGAGUGGGCCUGCUUCUCUCCAGAGGUCUGUCCUCUGCCUGAGCGGAGUUGGAGUCUGUGCCUACACGUACAGGAGUGCUGGGAGAACAUGCAGGGUGCUCAGACCUCCCCAUGCCAUCAAAAUAUGAUACCUGUGGUGCUUAGAUCACAGAUUAACACGGCAGAGAGCAGGUUCCAGUGUCAGCCCUGCCGCUCUCCAGCUACCUUGGUAAGUCACUUGGCCCCUUUGAGUCGAGCAUCCUUAUCUGUGAUGUGCAGGUGAACAGCUCCCCUUGGGUGGUUGUGAGAAUCCAUGGACGCACACGUGUAAAGCACCCAGGACAGUGCCUGACAGUGCAGCAGAGCACCGUCACUGUGGAGCCAGCAGGGCCCACGUGUUCCACAAACUCCAGGACACCCACACUUGCUGGGAGAACUUCGUGAUUUUCUUCAUAACAUGGACUAGAGUGACAGUGCCUAGGAAGUACCCAGAUUCCCCAAGGAAUCAGUUCCCCCAUUCCCAUGCCUCCCUAGCCAGGAAAGAAGCCACGGUCCCCUGCCACCUCUAAGCCACUGUUGUGCCUGGUAGCCCUGAGCAGAACAGCAACAACUAGCUUUCUCCAGGCACUUUAUAGUUUGCCAAGUACAUUGACCUACAUUAGCUCUUUUGAUGUCCAGAGCAAUCCAGGAAAGAAAAGAGAACUCCAUUUAUUGGGUGUCUGCUAUGUACCAGCAUUGUACUGGGUAUUUUUGCUUUUUGUUGUUGUUGUUGUUGGGUUGAUUUUGUGUUGGUUUGUUUGGUUUGGUU